GUGGUUGAUGGCUUUUCCUGCUUAUACAAUCCACUCUGUGCUGGAGUAAGAUGUGAACAGGACAUUGAUGACUGCACCCUGAAUGCCUGUGAGCACAAUUCUACCUGCAAAGAACUGCAUCUCAGCUUCCAGUGUGUGUGCCUUUCUGGCUGGGAACAAAAUUUUUGUGAACAAGAAUCCAAUGAGUGUGAAAUGAAUCCUUGCAAGAACAAUUCCACCUGUACUGACCUUUACAAAAGCUAUCGAUGUGAGUGUACAUCUGGAUGGACUGGACAGAACUGUAGUGAAGAAAUAAAUGAAUGCGACUCUGAUCCAUGCAUGAAUGGAGGUCUUUGUCAUGAAUCUACCAUCCCUGGACAAUUUGUAUGUCUGUGCCCACCCCUUUAUACUGGACAAUUUUGCCAACAACGCUAUAACCCUUGUGAGCUACUUAAUAACCCUUGCAGAAACAACUCAACAUGCUUGGCUUUGGUAGAUGAAAAUCAGCAUUGCAUUUGUAGAGAAGAAUUUGAAGGUAAACACUGUGAAAUUGAUGUGAAUGACUGCCUCUUCCUUCCCUGCCAGGGUUAUGGUGACUGUGAAGCUAUGGUCAACAAUUUCAGGUGUAUUUGCAGACCUGGGUUUUCUGGAUCUUUAUGUGAAAUUGAAAUUAAUGAAUGCUCCUCUGAACCUUGCAAAAAUAAUGGAACAUGUGUGGAUCUGACAAACAGAUUUUUAUGUAAUUGUGAACCUGGGUACUAUGGACCAUUCUGUGAACUUGAUGUAAAUGAAUGUAAAACAUCACCUUGUCUAGAUGGAGAAAAUUGUGUCUAUAGAACUGAUGGAUACAACUGCCUCUGUGCCCCUGGUUAUACAGGCAUCAAUUGUGAAAUAAAUCUAGAUGAAUGCCUAUCAGAGCCCUGUCUCCAUGAUGGAGUUUGUAUUGAUGGCAUCAAUCAUUAUACCUGUGACUGCAAGAGUGGAUUUUUUGGAACACAUUGUGAAACAAAUGCAAAUGAUUGCCUUUCAAAUCCUUGUCUACAUGGAAGGUGCACUGGCCUUGUUAAUGAAUAUCCAUGUUCAUGUGAUGCGGAAGGGACUAGCGUACAAUGUAAGAUCGAAAUUCAUGACUGCACAUUAAUCCCUUGUAUGAAUGAAGGCUUCUGUCAGAAGUCGGCACAUGGAUUUACUUGCAUUUGCCAACAUGGGUACACUGGUACAUACUGUGAAGAAAGCGUUGAUAAUUGUGCUAAGCGUGAACUUAAUUCGGCCCUUUGUCUUAAUGGAGGGAUUUGUGUUGAUGGACCUGGACACACUUUUGACUGCAGAUGUCUUCCUGGAUUUUCUGGCCAAUUUUGUGACAUUAAUAUAAAUGAAUGCUCUUCCUCACCAUGUCUAAAUGGUGCAAACUGUGAAGAUCACAUCAAUGGAUAUGUUUGCAAAUGCCAACCAGGAUGGUCUGGACGCCACUGUGAGAAAGAACUUGAAUGCAUUCCCAACUCAUGUGUUCAUGAACUGUGCAUGGAAAAUGAACCUGGCUCGAGAUGUUUAUGCAUACCUGGAUUUACGACCUGCUCCAUUGGGCUUCUUUGUGAUGAUGAAAUAAGGAGAAUUAGCUGUUUACCUCCCAUCUUUCAAAGAACAGAUGCCAUUUUCACACAGACAUAUACAGUUCCCCCUUCUGAGACUUUGGUCAGUAGCUUUCCAUCUGUAAAGGCUAUAAGAAUAUCGACCAUAAUGGACACUUACCCAGUUGAUCAAGGUCCAAAACAGACAGGUGUUGUCAAGCAUAACAUUCUCCCAACUACGGAUUGGGCUACUUUAAGAACGAGCACAUCCUUGGAAAGCUACUUACUCGAAGAAUUGAUUGUCACUAGAGAGCUUUCAGUAAAACAUAGUCUUCUUUCUUCCACAGAUGUUUCCUCUUCCCGAUUUCUAAAUUUUGGUAUUCAUGACCCAGCACAAACUGACCAGGGCAAAACAUCUGUAUCAAAUAUGCCUGUUCUAACUUCAGCAGCCACACUAGGUUUCUUUCUCUCUGAUAGGAGAGCAAGGACCCCAUUUAUCAUGUCUUCCUUAAUGACAGAUUUUAUUUUUCCUACGCAAUCUUUAUUAUUUGAGAACUAUCAGACUGUUGCUUCAUCUGCUACCACAAUGACUUCAGUAAUUAAAAGCAUUCCAGGGGCUGAUAUGAAGUUAAACAGGCACUCAUUACUCUCCCGUGGAUUCCUGCUUACAGCUGCCUCCAUAAGUGCAACUCCACUUGUCUCUAGGGGGGCUCAAGAGGAUAUUGAAGAAUAUUCAGCUGUUUCUUUAAUUUCAAGAAAAGAGCACGGGAGAUUGCUGAGCUCCUCGAUGCCUGCCAUUUUUCCUGCUAAGAUAAUUAUAUCUAAACAGGUAACCAUCUUAAACUCAUCAGCCUUGCACCGAUUUGGUACAAAAGCCUUCAUUCCCAGUGAAUAUCAGGUUAUUACUGAAGCUUCAAGCAACCAGAGACUCACAAACAUCAAAUCACAGGCUGCUGAUUCUUUAAAAGAAUUAAGCCAAAUAUGUGCAACAUGUUCUAUGACUGAAAUAAAAUCCUCUCAUGAAUUCUCAGAUCAAGUUUUGCAUAGCAAACAGUCCCACUUUUAUGAGACAUUCUGGAUGAACUCAGCGAUAUUAGCCAGCUGGUAUGCACUAAUGGGAGCUCAAACUAUCACUUCUGGGCAUUCAUUUUCUUCUGCUACUGAAAUAACACCAUCAGUGGCAUUCACAGAAGUGCCAUCUUUAUUUCCUUCUAAGAUGAGUGCAAAAAGAACAAUUUUAUCUUCAUCCUUGGAAGAAUCCAUUACCCUAUCAAGUAAUUUGGAUGUUAAUUUAUGUUUGGAGAUGACUUGUUUAUCCAUUGUCCCUUCACAAACUGUGUCUUCAGACUUGAUGAAUUCUGAUUUGGCUUCACAACCAACUUAUGAUCAACUGUCAGUAUCAGAAAACAUUUUAAAACUAUUGAGAGUAAGACAAUAUGGCAUAACUACGGGACCCACUGAGGAACUAAAUCAAGAUAGCUUAUUGGACAUGGAAAAAUGUAAAGGAUCUCAUACACCGUUCAAACUUCACCCAAGUGAUAGUUCUCUGGAUUUUGAGUUAAACUUACAAAGUCAUCCAGAUGUCACUUUAAAGACAUAUUCAGAAAUUAUACAUGCAAAUGACGUCAAAAAUAAUCUUCCACCAUUGACAGGUUCAUUUCCUGAUUUUUCAGAAGUAUCCACCAAUGUUGCAUUUUACUCAGUUUCAGCAACUCCAGCACUUUCAGUACAGACUUCCUCCAUGUCUGUAACUAGGCCAGAUUGGCCAGAUUUUACAAAUUAUAUGACCUCUCUUAAAAAAGACAUCAAGAAUUCUUCAGAAUGGUCCAAAUGGGAACUUCAGCCUAGUGUGCAGUAUCAGGAAUUUCCUACUGCCAGCCGUCAUCUUCCCUUCACUAGAUCUCUUACUUGGUCUUCACUGGAAUCCAUUCUGGCACCUCAACAGCUGAUGAUUUCUGAUUUCAGCUGUGUUCGUUAUUAUGGAGAUUCCUAUCUAGAAUUUCAGAACGUGCUUUUAAAUCCACAAAAUAACAUCUCCCUAGAAUUUCAGACCUUCAGCUCCUAUGGACUCCUGCUCUAUUUCAAGCAAGACUCAAAUUUUGUAGAUGGAUUUUUUAUUCAAUUGUUUAUUGAAAAUGGUACUUUAAAGUACCACCUUUACUGUCCUGGUGAGGCAAAAUUGAAAAGCAUUAAUACUACUAUUAGAGUGGAUAACGGGCAGAAGCAUACACUGCUUAUCAGGCAAGAGUUGGAUCCAUGUAAAGCUGAACUGACUAUUCUAGGGAGAAAUACACAAACAAGCGAAUCUAUCAAUCAUGUACUUGGAAAACCCCUGCCAAAAUCAGGAUCUGUCUUUAUUGGUGGAUUUCCAGAUCUUCGUGGGAAAAUCCAGAUCCCUAUACCAGUCAAGAAUUUUACUGGCUGCAUAGAAGUUAUAGAAAUAAAUAACUGGAGAUCUUUCAUUCCAUCCAACGCAGUGAAAAGCUAUCACAUUGACAAUUGCAGGUCCCAGGGUUUUAUGCUGUCUCCAACAGCCUCCUUUGUUGAUGAUUCUGAUGUGACACAAGGGAUUGAUACGAUGUGGACUUCCAUCACCCCCUCUGUUGCAGCGUCAUCUGUGUGCCAGGAGGAUUUAUGCCACAAUGGAGGCACAUGCCAUCCCAUCUUCCCCUCCAGUGGUAUAGUCUCAUUCCAAUGUGACUGUCCACUACAUUUCACUGGACGCUUCUGUGAAAAAGGUAAUCAAUCUUCAUUAUCCUUUUAUAUUUCUUUUUAAAAGCCAGAGAAUGGAUAGGAGUUGAAAGGUAUUAUAAACACAGUGAUGGGUACUAGCGCAAACAAGAAACAUCUGUAUAAUUUUAUUUAAAAAUGAAUUCUGAUAGAAUACUUUCAGUUUAAUACUGUAGAAGCAAACCUUUUUUUUUUUUUUUUUUUGCCUUAGGAAUGCCAUUCAACAUAUAUUUCCAAUUGCCAUAUAAAAUACGUUAAAAUUCAGUGUUUUAUAUGUAGGUACUUCUAAAAGUAUGGUGAAUCCUUCCUUUGUUUUGCAUGGAGACAGUUAGGUCCUAAUUAAUAGUAUUUUUAUUGUUUAAUUGCCAAUCAAAUAGCCACAUUUAUAUACUUCAUAUGCAAAUCCUUUGAGUUUAGUGUUAAGAAUAAUACAUUAAUUUUUUAUGCUUAAGAAUAUGGUUUUAAGAUGAAGCUGUUAAUGAAUUUUUAAAACUUCUAUUGUCAACAUCUAAAAGCCUCCUAAGAAGUUUUCAGUUAAUUAGGGAAAUUCUAGACAACUAAAGCCAGAAUCACCCUGGACAGAUUUUUACAAAGACAUUAGGUCAUGACACAGCUGACUGGUUGUCCCUGCACGGAUAGCUGAAAAGUAUCACUGUUGUCUCUGUACAACUUAUCUCUAGUUAUAAAUUAGGGAGGAGGGAAUGGGGAUUUUUAUUGGGUUAUGAUUCAGAUAGCAGAUAAUUUCAUUACUUAUCCAAGACUAUAUUUCAUAAGUCCCCUUUUAAGUGCUAAAAUGUAGGACCUCCUAAUGUUAAUUCAGAGGGGUGUGUGUGUGUGUGUGUGUGAUUCAACCCUUCUUCCAAAAUGACCUUGUAUGACUGUGAAUGUUUACCCAUUCAGCCAAGUAAGCAAGCAAAUACACUAAAAGGCGCAGAAAUGGAAACAGUCUAUUUUCAUGUUCAUCUUAAGACAUCAUAUGAGUGUUAUUCACAAUU